AUGAAAAAGGAAGGGGACGAUAGGAAAUUGGAGAAGGAAAGGGAAAUCAUACUACUCGGAAUUUUGAACAUUGAAAAUGUGUACGGGAAAGAGUGGAUAGAAAAAAAAAAAGAAAUAAAAAAAGAUAUCGAAUGUAAAGCUACAAAAUUAAAUCAAGCCUUUCAGUACCCUUGGAUAUUUCACGAACAUUUUGAAUUCCUUUCGAUAGACGAUUACAAUCGUGUAAAGAAUAAUUAUAUCUACAGUGCUAUACUUAUAUUUAACCCCAAUUUAACAGGGAACCAUGAAAAUCAGAAUAACACAAAGGACAAUAAUAUCUCCAAAAGUCAUUACCUUAUUGAGGAACAGUGGAAAAAAAAAAAAAAAAAUACCACAUGUGUAACAAACUGUGAAAAACAUGAUGUUGUAAAAAACACAGAUGAUAUGAAUAUGGAAAGAUUGACUAAAAAAAAAGAAAAUGAUAAAAUGAACUGCGAGAAUUAUGCACAAGAAAGAGUAGAAAUGAAGAAUGAAAAAAUAAAACUCGAUAAUACACAUAUAUAUGGACAUAAGUCAUCGUCUGAUAAUAACAUUUCGAGGGAUGAACAAAAAGUUAUGGAUGUCAAAACAGAAACGAAAAAAGAAGGUAUAGGUGUUUUAGUAGUUACAUGUAAAAAAAUAGAAAAUAUAAAAAUCAAGCAUAUCUUAGUAAAGAUGCUAAAGAAAGAAAUAAGAGUCGAAUCAACUCUCCUUAAGUGCAAAGAUGGAAAAUUUUCCACUUUUUCACACAUUCCCCAUGAGGAAAAAGAAUCAAGUGCUAAAUUAACCGAAGUUAAGUAUUUAGACAAACCUUCAGAUUCCUCAGAUGUGAGCCCUUCCUUUGUAAACAUAACGAAGCCGUUUAAUGUACAAAGGAAUAAUUUUUUCAACACAACGGCUUAUUUAUAUGGGUCUUCCAACAUUUUGACGAAUACCAGUUUGAUACAACGAGAAUAUGGAGACGAGGAAUGGGCUGAGAGACUCAGACGGAUGAAGAAGGUAAAGGAGAAGGCGGUUGGGGUUCCGUGUACUGAGGGACGUGAUAACAUUAAGUCGACAGAAAACGGAUUCAUCAAGACUUUCACAGCGUUGUUUAAGAAAUGA